AUGGAACCUCCAACGUUUGCCUUUUUGCCACAUACCAAGCAUUAUGAUGUUACAUAUGAUCGCCGAUAUACAAUGAAUGCGAUGUCACAAGGCCAACCAAUGCAUAAUCGGCAACCAGUGUUGGUAGAAUUACCUAGCCCACAGAUGAUGUCGCCUGCUUUUCAACAACCUCAACCUCCGAACAAGGGUAAAGCUCCUCCCGCUAAGAAGUCUCGGAAUGAUCGGCGUAUUUUAGAUUCAACCGAUGGUGGGUUUCCGGGAAUGUCAACGAACAAUGGAAUGAUGAUGGCUCCAGGAUGUCUACCGCGGCCAAUGCAAUUGCCCCCUGAUAUGUCCCAUUACGGUGGUGUACCGACUUCACAAAUGGGCAUGAACCCCGGCAUGCAGUGCUAUCCUGGGGCUUCUCCGAACGCCGUACCGACGAGUUCAACGUCUUCGGGAGCGAACACGCCGAUGAACAUGCCCAAUGGGAUGUUCCCCAUCGGCGGCGUACCCCAUAGUGCAUCUUCCAUGAACAUGGGCAUGCAGCAGCAAGUGAACGACAACAGAACACAACAAGUACCGGUUUCCACAGGCUUUCCCAACAUGUCCAAUGGGCAACUCCCUGCAGGAGAGCAACAGCCUCUGAGCAGUCCCCGAAAUCAAAAUUACCUAUUCCAGAUGACGCAGAACCCUUAUCAGCAAUCAGGAAAUCAGUUCGACAUAUCUCCUCAAUGUCCCAAAUGCUUAUGUCUUGUGUCGGUAAGUAUGGCAAUUGUAGAGUAGGA